AUGGUCAAGGUGUGGGACGGUCUGUCUGCAGGGCCUCAGGUGAUCCAGCACCGCACCCUGCCAGAGCUGCGUCCUGCAGCAGCGACGAAGACUCACCUGCUUCUGUCUGUGUCUCGACAGUCUGAUCAGCUUCAGCCUCGACUCAGUCUCAGUGCUCAGACACUUGGAGCACACCUGGAGUACACCUGGACCUGCGUCAUGUCUGGAGGAAACCAGGUGAAGCUGCAGGAGGAACAGAGGAGGAGCAGCCUCCCGUCUCUGACUCAGAGCGUCCAGGUGAACCGCAGCGUCCUCCGACACCUGCUGACCAACCAGAGGACACCCCUGGAUGACAGCCAGUCAGAGAGCAGAGAGCACGACACAGCUCGGUUGCCGCGGCAGCAGCAGCGUGAGGACAGAGCUCGUAUGAAGCGUCGCUGUGUUCCUCUGAGAGGAGACCACAACCUGCUGACCCCCGACACACACACUCUGUCGGGGGUCAGGCUGCAUCCUGUCAUCCAGGUGAGGUUGGGGGGCGUUGCCUCUCAUUCGGGACACCUGAGCAACUCGUCGAGUGGCGAGUCAGCCCCGGGGUCGACAAGACGGCGACCAGCGGUGUCUCCAACUCGUCGUCUGCGAUUUGAGGACGAGACGGAGCUGGAAGUAGAGUCUCGUUACCUGGAGAGACAGCAGCAGAGGAGACGGGUGGGGCAGCGGGGGACAGGUGUCCUGGUCUCCAAACCAGACCUGAACAUGUACAUCAACAGAAGAGCGGAGGCGGGGCUGCAAGGGGAAAGAUACGAUGUUGACAAACAGCAGAGAGGACGAACACCGGCAGGAGGACGGGGUUUGGGUCAGUGUGACUCCUGUGGGACAGUCUUAGGAGGCAGAGUCAACCUGAACCACCGUCUACACCAACCUGUCCUCGAUGACAGGGGGCAGAGUUUGUACCGUCCCCAUCUCAACCUGCGGACUGAGCCAAUCAGAGAGACCUACAUUGGCUCUGUCACACUUGGUGAGACCAGAUACGCCCAGGGAGGGGGCGGGACUUGGCGUGUCUCUGACAUGCAGGUGAGGAGGAGCAGCACCAAUCAGGUGGAACUUAAUGUAAGCCAGGCCAUGCCCUCCACAGACCUGCCAAUCAACCCAUACGGCCCUGACCCACUGACCACGCCCGCCUUCAGAUGCCCCUCCCCUCCUACUGCGACAUCAGCGAUGACACCACAGAGUUCCAGGCUCAAAAGCACAAAGGCAGGAAGGGAUCUGGACGAGGAGGAGCCGGGGCGACCCGCAGUGGCCCAGACCCACAGAGAUGUCCAAUGUGGUUCAGAGCUGAAGGACAGGUCCUGUUUGGACGAGGAUCCCAGGAUGAAGAACUCCUCCUCUUCCUCUUCAGGCACUAAAGCUGAGAGCCAAGGCCCAGCCUCCUCAGAGAGCAGUGCUGACGGACAGUUUAAACAGCCAAUAGGAGCAGAGCUCCACAGCGACGUUGCUUCAUUUUCUAAAAGCCUCAGCAGCAGAGACGAAUCCCCUCGACUUUCUCUGCACCGUCUUUUCUCCACUGUCAGACUCGGCAGGACUCGAACCGGCAGCCUUGAUCGAAUCCACAACAGGCCCCACCCCCCUGCGUUGGGCCCUGCCCCAUCCGGCCAGAUAAAGAAGUGUUUGUCAGUUCAGUCGCUGAAUGUGGGGUCGCCCUUCUUGCAGUUGAGGAAGUUGUCAUCAGUUCAGAGUUUUGGAUCAGAACAGAAGAAGAACAGAGAUCGUUCUGCUGACUACAGACCGGUUGCUGACAGGUUCCUGCAGCGUUGUCUGAGUGUCGAAGACAUCGGUAGUCCGUGCUCUCUACGUUCUGUUGGUCGAGUUCUUGAGGUCGGUUCAGAUGGAACUUUUCUGUUAGGGCUGAGUCGACCGAGGAACCGAACGUACGGAUUCAUCAUCAGCAGAGGGAGAGGACGACUUGACUCCGGUGUAUAUGUGGAGGACAUGGUGGACAACAGUACGGAGAAGCUGUACGCUGGUCUGCUCUCAGUCGGAGACGAGAUCCUGGAGGUGAACGGGGAGAAGGUGGCCUGUCUCAGUCUGGAUCAGGUGACCCAGCUGCUGACCCAGAAUGCCUCCACUACGGUCCGGGUGCUCCGACACCUGAGAACGAUUCCACAGUGACCGUGACUCCACCUGACUGUAACUCAAACCACUGAAACCACUGCACCAGAAGCUUCUUCAUCCAAACACAGUAAAAGAAGCUGUUCGACCUCGUUACCAAACCUUUAGUGUU